AUGCCGAAGACUCCUAAAAGCGAGGACUCAGCCGCACAGACGGGAGACAAGCAGCGCGCAGCUGGAGAGUGUUCCGAGUGCGCUGAAGGAGAGACUAGAAAAGCGAUUCACUAUGGGACCAACAACAUCCUGCUGGGUCUCGGAGAAGUUCAAUAUUGGGGACUAUUCCCAGCGAUGGGAGAAACAAGUGGCGAUCUAUCUGGAAAAUAUCCUCCGGAACGUCAUGCCAACUUGUUGUUAUCUCUGCUCUCCGGCGAGGCUUUUGAUCUGAUAACCGAAGCGGACUGCAUGAAGAGAGGUUCAACACCAUAA